GUUUUCUUCUUUAGUCCCAUCCCUAAUAUUGGUUGUCUUUUUGAGUGCAUAAAAAGAAAAUUUUGGGUAAAAUCGUGUGAAAAACGCAUUAGAGAGCCGCCAAUAUGCUCUCAAUGCUGCAGGAAAAGCGUCCGCUCAAGCGUACACGCCUUGGCCCACCGGAUAUAUAUCCGCAGGAUGCCAAGCAGCGCGAGGACGAACUGACGCCCACGAAUGUGAAACAUGGCUUCACCACAACACCGCCAUUGUCCGACGAGUUUGGCACGGCGCACAGCUCAAAUGUGAACGCAAGCAGGGUUAGUGCCUUCUUCAGUGGAGUGCUGGCCAAAAAGGAGGAGCUGAUGACGCUGCCGGAUACGGGACGCAAGAAACAGCAGAUCAACUGCAAGGACAACUUCUGGCCAGUCUCUCCCCGCCGCAAGUGCAUUGUGGACGCCUGGUUCAAGGACUUGGCUGGCAACAAACCGCUUCUCAGUUUGGCCAAACGCGCUCCAUCCUUUAACAAGAAGGAGGAAAUAUUCAUAACGCUCUGCGAAAACCAGGUGAACAUGCAGCGGGCUACGUGGUUCAUCAAGCUCAGUGCCGCCUACACGCUUAGCUUCACCGAGUCGAAGAACAAAAAGCGCAGCAUCUACGACCCGGCUGCCGAGUGGACGGGCAACAUGAUCAAGUUCAUGAAGGAGCUGCUGCCCAAGCUGCAGGAGUACUAUCAGCAGACGCACGACAAGGCCUCGUCGAAUGGCAGCCACUCUGCUGGCCUGUCCAACACCUCCGGGGGUAACAGCAACGGCAUCUCGGUGAACAGCUCCGGGGGCAAUGCGACGACCCCAAGUGCCACAUCGAAUAUGAUUCCAGUGCCGAGCAUGUCCAGUCCCCUGCCGCCGAUCCACAGUCCAGCCAAUGGCCAGCAGAGCACGGCCGGGGGAUUAGUAGGAUCUGGCAGUGUCAUACCACCAUCUGGAGCCCUCGGCGGAGGUGUCGGUUCGGGUCCGAGCGGACCGGGUGGCUCCUCUGUGGGCAGCAGCACGUCUGCGGGAGCAGCUGUUCCGCCCGGCUCGAGCAUAUCUGGCAUUGGCAGCCAGUUUGAGGACAGCCGAAAUGCAUUAAAGUACUGGAAGUACUGCCACCAGCUGAGCAAAUACAUGUACGAGGAGUCGCUGCUGGACCGCCAGGAGUUCCUCAAUUGGAUACUCGAUUUGCUUGACAAGAUGCGCACCCAGGCGAGCUUCGACGAGCCGCUGAAGAAGCUUGUGCUCAGCUUCGCCCUCCAGUACAUGCACGACUUUGUUCAGUCGGAGAGACUGUGCCGAAAAAUGGCCUACAUUGUGUCCAAAAAACUGGCACAUCUCCUCAAUGCGGCCGUAGAGCAGCAGGGGAUUAAGGAUGUCGACGGAGGAGUGGGUGUGGGUGUGGCAGAGAACAAGCUGCAGCACGAUCCCUUUGAGUUGGCUCUGCAGGAGCAGAUGAGUUGCCCGCAUCAUCGGGACAUUGUCUUGUACCUGAGCACCAUUCUCCAGAUCAUCACCAUUGAAUGCCCCACGGCUCUAGUCUGGAGUGGCAUAGCAGCGCAUCGAGCUCCAUCCUCGCUUGUGGGCAGUCCGCUGGAUCAUCUUCCGCUGGCCCCCUCCGUGCUGCCCAUGCCCUCGCGAUGUCCGCGCACCAAUCAGGAAAUACGCCGCCAGCUGCGAGCCGCCGAGUCCGAGAUUGUGCUCCGCACACAACAUGCAGAGCAGCGGUGGUUCGCCUCCAAGUGGCUCAGUGCUGGCAAGAAUCACUACACCAAAGUGCUGGCCACUCUGGAUCACCUGGACACGCACUGCUUCGAUCGUAUGGAGCAGUGCAACAGCAUUGACACGCUCUACGUGCACAUCUUCCCCAGCAGGGGACGCGACGAGGAUCAGCAGGAUCCUCAGCAACAGCCACGCUUCGUGUAUGAGCCCAAACAGGACAAGGAUACGGUGCGAAUACUAUGCGAAUGGGCCGUCUCCAGUCAGCGCUGGGGCGAACACCGGGCCAUGGUGGUGGCCAAUCUGCUGGACAAGCGUCAGAUAGAUGUGACCAGCACGCCCGCCGAGCAGUCUAGCGACAAGGAGGAUAAGGACUCUCUGGCCUCGGGAGCCGGCCUAAUUGAUGGCCUGCCAGUGUUCCAGCACGUACUGAUGCACUUCCUCGACCAUGAUGCCCCCGUGCUGGACGAUCACUUGAGCAGUGCGCAACAGCGUACGGAAUUCACCAAUCUGGUCCAGCUCUUCAGUGCCCUGAUCCGUCACGAUGUCUUCUCGCACAAUGCCUAUAUGCACACGCUCAUUUCCAGAGGCGAUCUGCUGAGCCUGGAGUCCGUCCUUUCCAGCAAAUCGUCGACAACGGCCACGAAAAGCUCGCCAGCGGCGGCAGCCACCCAGGCGACAACGACGCAUGGCUUCGAUGACGACCCCUUUGGCGGGGGCAUCGACUUUAAGCACAGCGAGUUCGACGACUCCAAUGUGGACGACGAUCUGGACAAGCUGGUGCAGAACAUCAAGGAGAAGGGGCAGCAGCACGAUGCGCCCGAUAGCCCCAAGAUAGGACCGCCAGGCGAUGGGGAAACCAGCGCGGGUGGAGCAGGGGGCAGCAUUUCCCGCCAUUACGUGUACACCAAGCACUUUCCCAUACCACAGGACGAGUCCAGCUACAGCAGCGAGAGCAACCAGCGGUAUAUUCUUCUGUUCGGCGUGGGAAAGGAGCGCGACGAGAAGAAGCACGCGGUGAAGAAGAUGUCCAAGGAGAUCGGAAAACUCUUCACCAAGAAGUUCAGCAUCGACGUGGCCGAGGGCGGCAAGGUAAAGAAGCAUUCGCGCAAUGAAUUCAACUUUGAGGCCACCACGGCCAAGUGCCAGCAGAUGGCCUACUUUGACCAGCACGUGGUCACCGCCCAGUGCGCGGCCAACGUGUUGGAGCAGCUCAACGGAUUCGCCCUCGGCAACAACAACUAUCUGCCGGUGCAGGAGCACGUCGCCUUCCUAUUCGAUCUCAUGGAGCUGUCACUCAACAUCUAUAGUCUGCUGGAGCUGUGCGACAAUCUGCUCAAGGAGCUGCCCGAGGUGGAGCACCAGCUGCAGCUGAAGAAGUCCAAUAUGGUGCGCGGCUACACCACCUCCCUGGCCCUGUACAUCGUGAGCAUUCUGCGACGCUACCACAGUUGCCUGCUCCUCUCCCCCGAGCAGACGCUGUCGGUGUUCGAGGGCGUCUGUCGCACCAUUCGCCACGUGAACAACCCCAGCGAGUGCAGCUCUGCGGAGCGCUGCAUCCUCGCCUAUCUCAGCGAUCUGCACGAGUCCUGCGUCCUGCUGCAGGGCAAGGAACAGUCCACCGAGUAUUACCAGCAGCUGCAGUGCAUCAAGCGGUUCAAGGACAUCUUCAACACCCCCGAGCAGCUCAGCCUGCCACCCCAAGGCUACAAUCCCCAGCUGCUGCAGGAGCUGUUUGUGGCCCCACGUCGUGGUGGCAAACUGGAACCGCAGUGGCUCCGACAGUUGCACGAGUCGUCUGCGAAUGUGUACAGCUUCGUAUCGAAUGCCGUGAUUGCCGUCUGCCGCGAGACGGACAAUGAGCGGCUGAACGAUGUGGCCCUGGCCUGUGCCGAACUUACCGCCAGCUGCAAUGUCCUUUCCGAGGAGUGGAUCGCAGCCCUGCAGAGCCUGUGCAGCGGCAGCAAGAGCCCCCGGUACCCGCAUCUGGGCGGCCAGGUAGAUAUUGGCCAGGGCAAGACCCACAAUGCGUUGGCCGUGUUCGUGUGCAUCCUGGUCGCCCGCCAUUGCUUCUCCCUGGCCGAUUUCGUCAGCAAAUUCGCCCUGCCAACCCUAGCACGAUCGGUGAGUGCCGGCGGUGGAGAAAUGAGCGUGGACGCCGAGGCGGGAGCUCGUCUCACCUGUCACCUGGUGCUGAAGCUUUUCAAGACCCUGGAGAUACCGCAGCCGGGGAUGUAUUCGGUGAGCACAUCGCCCAAUCCCCUCCAUGCCGUCGGUAGCGACUUCAGCAUACGUCUCAGCUGCGAUCGGCAUCUGCUGGUCGGGGCACACAAGACCAUUCCCAUUGCCGCUGUGCUGGCAGUGCUCAAGGCGAUCCUGAUAGUCGUGGACAAUGCGGCACUGAAGACGUCCAUGGCUGGGGGGAGUGGCUCCUCCUCGUCGUCGGGCGGCGUGGGCGGUGCCUUUGGCAGUGGCAAGCGCAGCGGUUUCAACACACCCGUUCAUCCGGGUAGUACGCCCAAGAGCAACGAGCAGCGACCGGCCGAUCUCAGCCAGAUCCUGGGUACCAGCGAUCUCCAGCUGGGCAACAGUCUCACCAGCGAGCAGGAGGCACUGCAGCAGCCGUCCGGUGGCGGGCUAGAGCAGAUCUCACUGCUCGAAUUCGCUCAGGCCGUGCUCAAACAGAUCUGCGCCCAGGAGCACGUGCUGGAACGGUGCCUGAAGAAUGCCGAGGGGCUGUGCGACAUGAUCAUCGACGAGAUGCUGACAGCCAAGCAGGCGCAGCGCGUGCUGCACAUGAUCUGCUACCCGGAGGCGGAAUUCAACAUUAUUUCCGAGCUAGAUCAGCGGGCGAUGAUCGUGAGGAUACUGGAGAACCUGGGCCAGUGGACACUGCGUAUUUCUUGGCUGGAUCUGCAGCUGAUGUACCGCCAGUCGAUGGGCAACAAUGCGGAGCUCAAUGCUUGGCUGGACACGGUUGCGCGAGCGGCCAUCGAUGUUUUUCACAUGGAGGAGGCCAUCCUGCCGGGAUCCCUGAAGGCCACGCACAAGCCCAAGCCGUCCACCUGGCUGGUGGCCCCACUUAUUGCCAAGCUGACCCCGGCCGUACAAGGAAGAAUCCUGCGCGUGGCGGGACAGGUGCUUGAGAGCAUGAACUACUUCUCCAAAGUCCCCAAAUCAGACUGCAACAGCUCGGGCAGCGGGGAUGAGCGGGAGAAGAGCAACAGCUGCCACAGCAGCAACAGCUAUGGCAUUGGCGGUGUGGCCGCUCGCAACAAAAAGAUGCCGCUCAACUACCAGCCGUUCCUGGGCCUAAUCCUCACCUGCCUGAAGGGUCAGGAUGAGUACAAGGAGAACCUGCUCGUCUCGCUCUACUCGCAGCUCUCCCAGUGCCUGCAAUCCUUUGCUGAGCUGGACACAAUCGGGGGCACCGAUGAGCCGCAGGCACGUGAGGAGAUCUUGGAUGCACUGCAGCUGCGCUUCUCCCUGGUGGGUGGCAUGUUCGAGGCCAUCCAAAAGAACAGCACCCCCACCACGGACUGGGCCAUUCUCCUGGCCCAACUGGUGUGCCAGGGUGUGGUGGAUCUCAGCUGCAACCGGGAGCUCUUCACCACCGUCGUGGACAUGCUGGCCACCCUGGUGCACUCGACUUUGGUCUCCGACAGCCAGUCGGAGCGCGAUGAGAACAAGAAACUCUAUCUGAAUCUGAUGAAGAAGCUCAAGAAGGAGAUCGGCGAGAAGAACAAUGCCUCCAUCCGAGUGAUACGGCAGCUGCUGCCACUCUACAAGCAGCCCACAGAGGUGAUUGCCUGCGAGCAUGCUGGCAUGGAUACCAAGGGCAACAAAAUCUGCGACAUGGAAAAGAAACAGCUGAGGAUAUCGGACAAGCAGCGGAUCAGCGUGUGGGACAUCCUCGAGGGCCACAAGAACCCGGCUCCGCUCUCCUGGGUCUGGUUCGGAGCUGUCAAGCUGGAGAGAAAGCCGCUCACCUACGAGGAGGCUCAUCGCAAUCUCAAAUACCACACGCACAGCCUGGUCAAGCCGAGUAGCUACUACUACGAGCCGCUGCCACUGCCGCCCGAGGACAUUGAGCCGGUGCCGGAGAAGAUUUGCAUAAAGGACGAAAUGAUGAAGGCCGACACGCCUUCCUCUGUAGACCAGUCGCCCAGUGCUGUGGUAGGCACUGGCCGUGGCCGCGGCAAGGGGACGACAACGCGGAAACGCAAGCCGAAGAACCCAAAGACCCCGCCGGUAGUCAAUACACAGCAACAGCAGCCCCAGCUGGCUCCCCAGCCGCAGCAGCCACCGAAUGUGCAGCAGCAGCAGCAACAGCAAAUGCAACAGCAACAGCAGCACAUGCAACAGCAGCAGAUGCAGCCAAACCAGAUGGGAAUGCAGAUGAACAUGCCGAUGAACAUGCAGCAGUUUGGACCCAAUCCCAACAUGAUGCAGCAGAGUGCGCUGAUGCAGCAGCAGCAGCAAAUGCAACAAAUGGGCACCAAUCAGCUGCAGCAGCAACUAAACGUUGGGGGUGGCAACGGACAGCAGAAUCCCCAGAUGAACUUCAUGCAGCAGGGACCCGGUGGCGGGGCUGCCGGUCCGCAAGGAUUGCCGGGCCAGCAACAGCAGCAACAAUGGCACAAUGCCCCCCAGCAGCAGCAACCACCGCAACAGUAUCACAAUCACUAUGCGCCCCACCAGCAGAAUAUGCAAUCGAAUCGCAUCGAGAGACCUUCUCAGAAUGCCAACUCCAAACAGGCCCUGUCCCAGAUGCUGCGUCAGCGACAACCCUUCCAGCAUCAGCAGCAACAGCAACCGGGUGGCGGCUUUAAUCCAAUGCAACAGCAGCAGCCGCAAGCCCAGCAACAGCCCGGUCCACAGCAGCAGCAAAUGAAUCCCAACCAGAUGCGGCAACAGCAGAUGACUGGCCAGCAGAAUCCGCAGUCUGUGGCUGCCUUCAAUGCCAUGCAGCAGCAGCAGCAGCAAAAUGCCCAGCAGCAGCAGCAGAUGAACCCCAACCAGCAGCAGCAGCAGCAGUUCAUGAGGGGUGGAAACAUGCGUCCUGGCAUGGCCCCCAAUCAGAUGAACCCAAUGAAUAUGGGCGGCCAGGGCAUACCGCAGAACUCAAUGAUGCAGCAACAGAUGACCCAGGGAAUGGUGGGCAUGGUAAAUCCGAAUGCCAAUCAAAUGAUGCAAACUGGUGGUGCGCAGGGAGGCAACGGAGUAGGAGUUGGCGUUGGCGUCGGCGUCGGCGUGGGAGUGGGAGUCGGGGUUACGACUGGAGGAGCCAAUCCCAACAUGGGCAUGGGUGGUAUGCCACAGCAAGGCAUGAUGCAGCAGCAGGCACAACAGCAGCCUCAACAGCAGGUGCAGUUCCAGAACUUCCAGAAUCAAUAUCAGCAGCAGCAACAACAACAGCAGCAACAACAGCAGCAGGGAAUGCAACAACAAGGAGGCGUUGGAGUGGGCGUGGGCGUGGGCGUCGGCGUCGGCAUGGCGCCCAAUCAGCAGCAACAGCAGCAAGCCAACAUGAUGGGCAACUUCAAUCCGCAAAUGCAGCAAGCGAAUCGCAACAAUCCUGACUUUAUGACGGCGGCAGCAGCUCAGCAACAACAACAACAGCAACAGCAGCAACGUGGCGUUCCCGGCGGAAUGAUGACUGGCAACCGGGGUCAGUACAUUAACCAGGCACCCAACGUCACUAUGUCCAACAUGAUGGGUCCCGGGCCGGGCGGCGUGGGUGUCGGUGUGGGAGUUGGCCAGGUGCCGCCAUAUGCCCGACAGCAGCCAGCGGGAGGCGGCAAGCCAGGUGUCCUCAACACACAGCAACAAUUCCAGCAGCAGCAGCAGCAACAGCAGCAGCUGCGGCAUCAGCAGAUGAUGCAGAUGCAGGGCAUGGGUGGGGGCGGGGGUGGUGGAAUGGGUGCCGGACCACAGCAGGCCAGCGUGGCUGGAGUUGGUGGAGGGGGAGGAGGAGGCAUGGUGCAGCAGCAGCAGAGCAUGAACCAACAACAAACGCCCAAUCUGGUGGCGCAGCUGAACCGACAGAACAUGAUGGGUCAGCAGCAGCAAUAUCAGCACCAACCGCCACCCUAUUAGAUCGUAGACACACCACACCUUAGUUUUUGUAAGACCCCCCCACCCCCCUACUCCUAACAAAUAUUUAUGAAUUUGCAAUAAACAUACAAAACAUUUAAAACA